GCGCAUUCAGUGUGGAUUUUGAACCUUGCAGUAGCACGAAUAGUCAUAGGACUUUUGACGGCCAGAUGUUGAUGUGAAGUCAAAUAUUGUAAUCGUCAGUGUCUUCGGCAAUAUUCUGAUAUUCCAAGUGGACCACUUUAUUUUAACUGCUGUGGGCAGAUUUCAGAGCGGCAGACAACAUGUUGGCUUUAAUAAAUCGUAUUCUAGAUUGGUUUAAAAGUUUGUUUUGGAAAGAAGAAAUGGAACUGACAUUAGUAGGCUUGCAGUACUCUGGUAAAACUACGUUCGUAAACGUCAUAGCGUCCGGUCAAUUCAGUGAAGAUAUGAUACCGACGGUAGGUUUCAAUAUGAGGAAGAUAACAAAAGGAAACGUAACGAUUAAAGUAUGGGACAUUGGAGGACAGCCCAGAUUUAGAUCGAUGUGGGAGCGAUAUUGUCGCGGAGUAAAUGCCAUUGUAUAUAUGGUAGAUGCAGCAGAUCAAGAAAAAAUUGAUGCAUCUCGAAAUGAACUUCAUAGUUUACUGGAUAAGCCGCAACUUGCUGGUAUACCAGUUUUGGUUUUAGGAAACAAACGUGAUCUUCCUAAUGCCCUAGAUGAGAACGGACUUAUUGAAAGAAUGAACUUGUCGGCGAUCCAAGACCGUGAAAUUUGCUGUUACUCAAUAUCUUGUAAGGAGAAAGACAACAUUGAUAUAACUCUGCAGUGGCUGAUUGCUCACUCGAAGUCAGGAAUACGCUAGUGCCACUUGGUAAAAAUUGGAGCAAGGUGACUGACACACAGAAUGUUGCUACUAGUCGUUGUACACCCUCCUCCUCAGUGCCUGAUUAGGCCAUAAAUUUGUUUACGUAUGUUUUAUUGUGAUUAAAGUUUAUUAAUCUGUGUUAAAGGCUGAUUAUAACUAAUUAGUAUUUUCCAAGAAAUACUUGGGAAACUGGAAUAUUGUGCAACAAACUUGAUAAUGUUCUGUAAUUUAACAAGUGUGUGUGUGUAUACACACAUUUUGUGUAGAGUGAUAUAGAUGCCUUUUUAAGAAUUGAAUUGUAAAAUCAUGGAGUGUAAAUUUCGUCUUAGAGCUGCUUAGAAAAUAUCAUUUUUGUUUUUCGUUUCCUUUAGGAACAUUUGGUAUGUGUGUUCUUCCUUCUCAAUAAGUAAUUUAAGUCUCCAGUUAAGGGAAUAUUGAACAACAAAAUGAAAAUUGAGCUUGGCUGAUUACUUUUUUGUCCAUUUUGUUGGGCUGUGUUUCUGGAUAAGGGGAGUUACACAUGUAAUUAUUGUGCGGAAGCAGAAACUAGGUGUGGCUUAACUGAUAUGUUAAUAUUCAUCCAUAUAUAAUUGGAACUGUGGUUCUGCCAGCAAUUAGACAUGGAAUGGAAUGUAAUGUGGAAUCUCAAAUUAUAAGGAGUGGCAUAUCUCAUAUGGACAAGGUAAAUAAUCUAUUACAGAGAAUAUUUGAGUUUUACAAAAAUCCAUUUAUGCAAGCUUCAUUGACUGACUGGGUAUCCAACGCAGAAAAUUAAUAAUGGAAACUCUAAUGAAUGCUCCUGUGUCAGAAGUGGCCCCUCCUCUAAAUCCUAAAUUUGUGGUGGCUACAUUUGUUAAAACAGUGUGCAGAUACCUUGUGCUGAUAAUUUUGUUAUGAAAACAUAUUGUAUGCAUUGUUUUCUAAUUAACCAACAUUAACAGAAUUCUUUCCAAUAUUAUUAAAAUGUUUCUAUAUGAAAACUGUCCUAUUUUUUGCUGUCACAUAAUCAUGCUCUCCACCCAGCCCCCCCUCCCCCCCCCCCCCCCAAAUUAAAACUGAACCAAUGGAGUGGGAGUUUGUUGGUUAUCAUUCCUUCAAUAUGAGACAUCUUGUCACAUUUUAAUAUUUUUUAUUUUGUGUGACCACCAGUCUUGCUAAAUUGAAAGUUUUCAUGAUAGGUAAAGAUUCUUCUCACUGCCAUGAAAUAGUCACCACCUUAUCUUAACUGUUGUGUGUUGUCAGCCUCGUGGAACAGCAGGUAGAACAUAUAAGACGGUUCAGACAGAUGUCUAGAGUAAUGUUGAGAGUAUGGUGUAAUGUAAGAGACAUAUUGUUAUUUCAUCUUGUACAUAGUUCACUGGUGCAGAAUCAUCACUGUGUGUUUGCCAAACAUCUCGUUCGUGAAGCUGUAGCCCACAGGAUGGCACACACUUUGUUCCAGUGUUAAAAGUAUUCUUUUGCAGUGUAGGUACACAAUGAUGCUCUUAAAAAAUUAAUAUUUUUGUGAAUCUUGAGUAACACAAAAUUGAAAUGCAUCAUAAUGUCACAUGAAAAGUCUUCAAGGCAAAGAUAUGGCUUCCAGAAACAUAACAGUAAUAUUACACAUACUACUUUGAUUUAAAAAAAAAAGAUGGAUUGACUGAUAAAACCACAUUAUGUUCCAGCAUAUUGUAACAAAAUAAAGGUGUUUGGAAAACUAAAAUUAGUUCAG